AUGGCUCAUGGAGCCUUCCAAGCAAGCUAUUCUCAAACUCUCCUGCCUACUACAUCACAAUCAGCCCUUUCAUGGAUUGGCUCGGUUCAAGCAUUUUUUAUCUUGUUUGUUGGAAUAUUCUCCAGCAAGGCAGUCGGCUCCAGUCACUUCCAUCAUGUUACAGGGACUGGAUUGAUAAUACAACUUCUAGGGCUUGUUAUGACCUCCAUUAGCACGAAGUACUACCAGUUCUUCCUGUCUGAAGGAGUGUGUGUAGGUAUUGGGUCUGGUUUGCUGUUUGCUCCUGGGAUUACCAUUGCAGCCUCCUACUUUUCAACAAAACGUCCGUUGGCUAUUGCAGUUGCCACUUCUGGAGCGGCUAUAGGUGGAAUUGUUUUCCCAAUAGUAAGCUAUUGGCUUAUUGUUGCUGUCGGCUUUCCAUGGGCAGUGCGGAUAAUCACAUCCCUUGUGCUCCUGGCAUCGGGCUCGACUCUAUAUACUCUCCAACCAUAUCAUCCUUCAAUUCCUCAAAAAAGAGGACCAUUCAUUAGCCUUGGUGGGUUCAAAGAUGCCAGUUACUGUACCUUUGUGAUUGGAGCCAUUCUGGGGCUCGUUGGUGGUUUUGUUCCAUUCUUCUACAUUCCGGUAUAUGGCCUUUCGCUGGGGUUGAGGACCGAGCUGGCCAGCUACUUUGUAAGUGCAAUGAAUAUGGCAGCUUUGAUAGGAGGCUUCAGCCUAACUAUUUUAGCUUCAAGGCUUGGAAAUCUGAACACGGCCGUCUUGUUCACAAACGUCUGUGGGAUAGUCUUGAUUUCUCUAAUACUCGCGGUAGAUCCAGUGGGAGUCAUUAUAGGGUCAUUAUUCUAUGCCCUGGUAGCUGGUUAUCAGCUAGUACUCCUAUUCACCGCCAUGGCAUCUAUAACUAUCGACGCCAGCCCAAGAUGUAGCCAGGGCCGGGCCGCCCUUAUCCUUGGUUCCCUUGGCGCCUUGCUCGGUACUCCAGUCGCCGGCGGCAUUUUAUUCAAGCAGGACAGCAAUGUGCAUUCCAUGAACCCUAGGGACUGGAACUUUACCUUGGCCUUACUCUUUUCCGCGGCGCUUAUUUUCCUUUGUGGUGUGUUCAUGACUGUCACCCGUGUUCUCAAAAGUGGCUUCCGGUGGGAGAAAAUUUGA